CUCAAAACACAUUGAUCCAUUAACCUCAUCAACUGAAGCCUGAAACUCAAACCCCCCAAAUAAUGUCUCUAACUCUAAAACCCAUCCUCCAAUUCCCACUUUCCCCACCACCACACCACCACCACCACCACCGUCCCACCACCGUAAUCAACCUCUCCCGGUGGAACAACCCCAACUUCUUAAAACACACCCACCACAAACUCACCCAAAAACAACACGAAGACCACUUACGCCUCCACAAACGCUUCCACUCCGCCACCACCAUCACCACCACCCCCACCACCACCCCCACCACCACCCCACCACCGUACAAAUCCACCGGCACCCCCUCCUCCCCUUCCCGUUCCUCCAUCCCCGGUAAAAAAUCAAAAUACUCAAAACCCCCAAAUUCAAAAAACUCACAUUCCCACCCUGCGUUUAAACGAAUUGUAAGAAUUAGAAAAAUCCCAGAUGAAAUUCAAGACGAAAGUGAUGAAACAGUGAUUAAAGUAAGUGAUAAGGGACUUACAUAUGUAAUACCCGAAGCACCGUUUGAAUUUCAAUACAGUUACACGGAGACACCGAAAGUGAAGCCGUUGAAGCUUCGGGAGCCUGCGAUUGCGCCGUUUGGGCCGGGGAGUAUGCCGAGGCCGUGGACGGGGAAGAAGCCGUUGCCGAGUGGGAAGAAGAAGGUGGAGUUUGACUCGUUUAAGUUGCCGGAGCCCGGGAAGAAAGGGGUUAAGCCGGUGCAGGCGCCUGGACCGUUUUUGAGUGGGACCGGGCCGCGGUAUGUGGUUAAGAGGGAGGAGGUGUUGGGGGAGGAGUUGAGUAAGGAGGAGGUUGAUGCUCUUGUUAAAGGGUGUUUGAAGUCAUCAAGACAGUUGAAUAUAGGUAGAGAUGGUUUGACACACAAUAUGCUGGACAAUAUCCACGCUCAUUGGAAACGAAGAAGGGUUUGCAAAAUAAAAUGUAAAGGUGUAUGCACAGUUGACAUGGACAACGUUCGCUUACAAUUAGAGGAUAAGACAGGAGGGAAAGUAAUAUAUAGCAAAGGAGGAGUUGUGUAUCUUUUUCGAGGUAGAAAUUAUAACUACAAAACUCGCCCGGUUUUUCCUCUUAUGUUAUGGAAGCCUAUAACCCCUGUAUACCCGAGGCUCGUUCAACGGGUCCCAGAGGGGUUAACUCUUGAAGAAGCAAGUGAAAUGCGCAGAAAAGGGCGACAGUUAACUCCAAUAUGCAAACUCGGGAAAAACGGGGUUUAUUGUGAUCUUGUUAAUAAUGUUAAAGAGGCAUUUGAAGCAUGUGAUUUAGUGAGAAUAAAUUGUGAAGGAAUGAACGGGAGCGAUUACCGGAAAAUCGGUGCAAAACUAAAGGAUCUUGUUCCAUGUGUGUUGAUUUCAUUUGAGCAUGAACACAUACUUAUGUGGCGUGGGCAAAAUUGGAAAUCCAUGUUCACAGAAGAAGACAAGCCUCGAGAAGCAAAGAAUCCCGACCCCGAAUCUGAAUCUGAACAAAAUGAUACUGUAGUUUCAACAACCAACGACGAUAAAAGCGUGUUUGAUGACGAUAAAACCGUGUCUGAUGAUGAUGAAAGCGUGUCCGAUGAUGAUGAAAGCGUAUCGGAUGAUGAUGAUGAAAGCAUAACACACGUUGAUAUCGAAAACAAUGCAUCAGAAAACACGAGUAAUCAAGAUUCUUUAACGGGAGUGAUGUCACUCUUAAAGCAAGCGGUCCAAGACGGGAUUGCGUAUGUUCUAGAAGAUUCCCAUUUGGAUGCCGACAUGGUGUAUGCAAAGGCGGUUGCUUUUUCGAAAUCCGCGCAGCCCGGGCCCACUUUUAGACUCCAACGGGCUAAGAAGGUGGUAACGGCGACAUCAGAGAAGCAAGAAGAUGAAGAAACAGUCGAGAACGAGGUAGUAACUGUUUCGGUGCCAAAGAAAGGCGGGAAAAACAAGAACACGAGAACCCGAAAGAAGGAUUUAAAGGAGAGCUAUCUUGAUGUAGCUCCACAAGCGACUCUUAGAGUCGAUGAACUAGCUAAGCUUCUAGGUUAGGUUAGCAUUUGUAUCAUAUAUUCAUAUCGAAUCGGGCAAAUAAUUAUCAAGUAUUUUAUUAUUUUUUUUUUUGUUAUAAGUCCAACUUGCUUGUCACUAAAAGCCUAAAUGAAAUUACCUUAUUUGCUACCAAAA